AUGGCGGAGGUGGAGACACAUGAGGCGCUGAAGAUGAGAGGCUUGCUGCUCGAGUUCGAAGACAGCAUGGGCGACGCCAUUUUUGUGUCUCAUCAGUGGGUUGGCAACAUGCAUCCGGAUCCGGAAAGCAAGCAGCUGCGGGUUUUGCAGGACGCGUUGACCCGCAUGUUGGAGAAAUUGGAGUAUAUACCCCUGGACGUAUACACGGAGACGUUUCUUCCUAGAACGCCACGUCUGCAUGUUUCAGAAAUCCGCAAGGCGCCCCUGUUCAUAUGGUACGAUUAUUUCUCAUGCCCGCAACUAGAGUCUGGGUCAGUCUGGUAA